AUGAGCCGCCCAGCCAAAUAUCUCGGCUCGAAACAGGUCAUAUCGAAAUCUGCUCACUCGCAUUAUCAGUCUACAGAGUGCACAGCGGUCGCCAUGUCGCGCACGCACAACCCUCACUCGACAUACUACGACGGCCGUCUACGUCAAGGUCCCGCUCUGAUUCGCGCCCGCCGCCCAUAUCUCUUCAAGAAUGCCUUUACCGGCCUUGGCCUGCUCGCUGUUGUCGGCGGUAUCUACUACUAUACCCUCAAGGCUGUCGGCCAGGACGAAUUUGACGAUGUCAAGGUCCCCGAUGUUCCCAGGAAUGCCACCGAGACGACAUAA